AAAGAACCCUACAGUAUAUAAAGGGGGCAAGGAGUCUAGGGUUUCAUUUACACAAGGUGCGGCGGCGUUAUCCGAAUUAGCUUCGUCUCUGCCGGGUUCCGGAGCUCUGCUACUUCAAUCUCGCACUUGGAGAUCCACUUCUCACACUCACCAUGGGGAAGACAAGGGGAAUGGGAGCGGGUCGCAAGUUGAAGUCCCACCGCAGAAGACAAAGGUGGGCUGACAAAGCAUACAAGAAAUCCCAUCUUGGAAACGAGUGGAAGAAACCGUUUGCUGGAUCUUCCCAUGCAAAAGGCAUUGUUCUAGAAAAGAUUGGUAUUGAGGCUAAGCAGCCUAACUCUGCUAUUAGAAAGUGUGCUAGAGUUCAACUUAUUAAGAACGGGAAGAAGAUUGCUGCAUUCGUCCCAAAUGAUGGUUGUCUUAACUACAUUGAAGAAAAUGACGAGGUUCUCAUUGCUGGAUUUGGUCGAAAAGGACAUGCUGUUGGUGAUAUUCCUGGAGUCAGAUUUAAGGUGGUGAAGGUGUCAGGUGUAUCUCUGCUGGCUCUCUUCAAGGAAAAGAAGGAGAAGCCAAGGUCUUAAGCUUCUCGGUUUUCCAAGAUAAAUUAUGUCUCUAUUUUCUUCAAUUCUGGCGUGAGGCAGUUAAUGAGCAAUUGAGGCUCGCUCUUCCCCUUUGUCACUAGUUAAUUUAGAUUACUCGGUCGGCUGAUAGAAACCUAUGCACGCAACCUUUUGUUGAGACUUGAUAAAGCAUAAUUUUCUUUGUAAUCAGAACAGGUUUUGUUAUGGUCAAUUUGAGUGUAAUACAUCCCCUUCCCUUUCACGUCCAAAUGUCAGGAAAUUUUGUUUUGGAAUGAUUCUGUUGAUUUUAGUGUGAAUGGCUAGCUUUUUCUCUACCAUGUUCAAUUUUCAGUAAGGAUUCUUGAAAACCUUUAAGAACUAUUAUAUGCUAUCGAUUCUUCUUUGA